UUCUGGGAAACGUAGUCUAAGCGACGGCACUACAGAUACCAGAGUGUAUGGGCUGCUGGGAUGGUCAGGCGUCUCUGACCUCACGUGACCGCUUAUACGCUUCGCGCAGACAGCAGGGGGACCGCCAUAGUGUGAACUGCUGCAUAAAGCAUGAGCAGGACGUUCUGUUGAAUACAGAAGACUCGGGAACAAUUCCAGUCAGGACCGGGGCAGAGUCUGCAUCCAGUCCUGGCAGUCACAUGAGAGCAGUGGAGUCGGCGGCACAACAGAGACAUUAUGGCAGAAACUAUCUUAAUAGAUUCGGACUUGCUGUCUGAAGAUGUCAUAUGCACUGUGGUGGAGGAAACUUCAGAUUUGGAGCUGACGCCCACCCUCGAAAUUCUCCAACUGCAAACUCUGGAUUCGUUGGAGAAUGCGAUGCAGGCCGUCGAUGAGUUUGAGGAAUACACAGCCUCUAAUUUUGUUGUUGUAGAAAAGCAGAAACAUUUUGGGGAUGAAGCAUUCAGGCCCACUUCAAAGGUUACCGUGCAUUGGGAAGGACCAGUAAUUAAUAAUGUUUGCCUAAAUGAGUAUUCCGGCAUUCCCUUCAUAAUUGUUGGAAGAAAAGUACUUGGUUGCCAUCUUGGGAGGGACAGGGCAGUAGCCCAGAAAAAGAGAUAUGCAGAGUAUAUAAUCCAGAAAGAGAUUACAAAUCAAACUUUUAUACCACGCAGGACAACAUUCCAAAAUACAAAGAAAAAAGACUGCCCAGCAAAAAUAUUUUUAUAUCAUAUAUUGAGAUUUCCGGACUUUCAGAUUAAAAAGAAGACAGAAUGGCAAAUGAGAGCAUCAGCAAGGAAACUCAAACGUGCAUUACAGAACGAUAUUGCGCUGAACCACAGCUAUAUGAUCCUUUUUCCAGAACUAUCCGACCACCAGAACCAUCCUGCAGAUGGAAAGGUGGCUCACAAAAGGCAAAAUGUUGACCGAAGAGUCAGUGAGAAGAUUAGAGAAUUAUUUAAAAGUGGAGUCAGAAAAAAGAGUGAUAUUAAAAAACUAGUUGACCAUUUUGUUCAUCACGAUCUCUUUGGUGGACAAGACCUUCCCGCCGACUCAAGAAGAUUUCUCCCAACUGUAAAAGAGAUCACAAAGAUAAUGAGACAGUGUAUCAGUGAGCGCAAAAUCUGCAUCAUGGAUCAGAGCAUGGGGCUACAGCCGCCACAUUCCUGUGAAGAAAAUAGCUUUUAAUGCACGUUACAGUCUAUGGGAGUGCAUCCGAAAUGCAGGGAGGAAAGAAUACGCAAGUAAAUCCUGAUGAAGUCCUGAAGCUGAAUACUGAAAAUAUGUCAUCAGGAAUCCAUUCAUAAUCCAGAGCCAGAAUACUGCUUGAUUUCAAUACACUUGUUUGAAAGAGGCCAAGAGCUGCCGGAAUUGGAGACCAUUUCUGAAACCAUGGAGGACAAUCGGCCAUGGUGCUGUGAGGAGUGGUCAUGCCAGCCGUCUUUGGACUUUGUAUGAACUAAUGGCACAGUUUCUUUGUUCCUGUUCUACAGUUUGGAGUGCCGAGGACUGCACUCAAACUUGGGACAAGUAUGAGUAAAAACAUGCACUUUUACAGUGACAGCAAGAAUGAUUUGUUCCUCAACUGUCAGCUAGCAAGUAUUGUAAGAAUAAAUGUGGGCUCAAGAAGAACCUGAAGCUGAUGUGUGUAUAAAUAUCAUAAUACCAAAGCCACAAUUCUCAUAGAAUGAGCAAAGGGCAGCUGAUAAAAACGUGUGUUUUAGUGCAAAGGGACUAAAAAUAGAUGGUCUGCUUGUGGAGUCAAGUUGGCCUGCAAGAUGAAUUUCUCCUGGGGCUUGUCCAUCUGUCUACCCCUCUGUAGCCUCCGUCUCUAAUCUGUAGCCUCCAUCUCUAAUCGUCUGCUUUCCCAGAUCUGCUGUGAUUGUCUCCUAUAUAUUGCAGUACAGAAGAUCAUGUGCUCCAUCUCUCUGUAGCACACACUCAGAAGCAGCAACAGAAUGGAGGACAUUAUAUUGCAGAACUAAGCAGUGUAGCUGUGAAUCCAGCGCUAGAGCUAGAUAGUAAACCACUUACUGGAACCAGCAGUGUGUGUCUGUGCCUCUCUCUCUCUCUCUCUCUGCAGCUCCAUCUUCUUUCCCAUCACCAUAGACUUUUAUGGGUAGCAGCUAUAACCUGAUCCUUCAGUGAGAUAAUUCAUCUCAUCUGUGCCUCUCUUUCAAAGGGUUUUUUCCAACCAGUCAGAUACUGAUGACCUAUCCAGAGGAUAAGUCAUCAGUAUAAAACUCCCAGAAAUUUCCUUUUUAAUACAGAUUUUUCUUGUCUCACAUGGUGAGGUAGAUCUGCAAAGACACUGGUCUGGAUGAGCAAAUCUUGAGCAGCAAAGGGCAGAUGUCAUCAGUGCAUAAGGGAAGGAACACAGACACAGCAGAAGCAGAGACAUAGCUGAUCUGAAGUUUUAACUGGAGCAUAACUGAUCUAAAUGGGCUGAGGAAUACUUGGUGUAGCAGACCUGUAGUAGUGCUAUACAAUACAGAGCUGUGGACGCAAUGAAGCAGUAGUGUAACACGCUUGGAGUCGCUGAGCUGUAGUUGUGCUGUACAAUGCUGAGCCGCCCACGUGCAAUGAUUCCGUUUAGCUGAGGAACUUUUGAUGUAGUGGAGCUGUAGCAGAGUUGAUAUAGUGGCAGGGCCUCUAUAUAGCCGAGUUGGAAUAGUGAAAAGUCCUAUUUAGCCAGACUAAUGUAGUUGCAGGAUC